CAGCCUCCCCCGCUCGCUCGCGCAGUCUUUCCGCAGCGAAGGACCCGCCGGAGGACCCUUACGGUUCCUCUCGAACAGCCUGCACCGAUUUCGAGCAUCGCUGUUGCAACGACAGCGUCGCUGCAUUGUGCUUUGCUACCCUCCUGGCUAGCCUCCGCGUCGCCGCGGCACACCGCUGGUCGAAAGAGUGCGAAAAUACGACAAUGGAAGCCGCCCGGCCGGGCAGCCCAGUUCACUUCGACGACGCCACGCUAAAUUUCGUAAAAGGCGGCCCGCCGCCGCCGCCGUCCGAGACGUCGACCCGCUUGCAGCCUCAAUGGAACGAGGCGUUCAUGCGGCUGACCCAGAAGGCCAGGGAGAAGCAGGCGUCCCGUGCUAUGUCGACCAAGGAAGCUCUCGACGCGUUCAAGGGCAAAUUCGGCGAGUCCGCUUUCGUGGAGGCCUUCGGCGACGAAGACAAAUACUUGAAAAGUAUUGUGCGGCCGGUGACGGUUACAGGCACUUCGAGCAAGCUCUGGCAUCUCGGCCCACGCGAGUAUGUCAGCAAGUCGGAGCACGCUCAGGAGAUCCAGGCGACCGCCGCGCAACGAACUGGUGCUGCGGUUUUAGCUCCGUCGGGCGCGGGCGGCGUGGUAGCUUUGGAGGGCGAGGACGACGCGAGACGGUGGGCGGGCCUGACGCUCGUCUCUUCGUCGGCUGAACGCGAUGGCGAUUUGAACUACUGGGAGGGCUUCGUUAAUUCCGGGGCAAAGCCCUUCCAGACGUUGUUGCACGGCGGGGACUGGUCCGGCGCCGAGGUACUGCCCGAGUGGGACGACCUCAUCAAAAGUCCGAGUGGAAGGAAACCUCCCAACCGCCCGCGUGGUUGGUACCGCGGGCCCUUAGCACGAACUGUGACAUCUCAGUCUGCUAUGACGAAGGAUGCGUGCGGGAACGACGCGACGAUGCUCGACCACUGGGACCGCGCGACGUUUUACGCGCAACGGUUGGCCGCGAUCCUUAAAGAGGAGCGCAAAGCCUUCGAGGCCAUGCGCGACAUGGGCAACGCGGGCGGUGGCCGCGCGUCGCGCGCCCCGCGGCAGUCCUACCGCCCUGAGGACGACAACGCUGCGCUGACGCGCACGAAGACGGAGGAGUUGAGACAAAACAACCCGACGUUGUGGCAUGAGCGCCACCAUGGGGCGUUGAAGGACUGGCUCUCGCGGAACGAGGAGCUGCUCGAGGCCAUCGCGAAGGAAGUGGACGUGCCGCGGAGCGUGCUCACUGGUCUGGAUAAAGAUGAGAGAGCCUACGUGCUCGCGCCGUUCAUCAAGGUGGAUCUCCCAGGCCUCGGGCCCAACCUAGUGAAGACGAACUGGGACCAUGUAGCGUUACGUUGGAUUGACGGUCAGCGGGCGAUUUACUUGCUUGGACUCCGAGGGCUGAUCUGGGGGAAGUUGAACAAGAUGUUGCCCGGCUACGAGUGGUAUAUGGCGCGAGCCGCCGAGCGGACUUACUUCGAAGGCUACUUGAAGCGUGCUUUGUGCUUCGACUCGUCCAUCGGCAAGCACUGGGUGUUCGAGUUUCCUGUCGAGGACGAACCGAAGUGGUGGCGCCGGAAUGUCCAGAGGCAGCAGCAGAAGGAGAUGUAUUUUAUUAUGAAAGAACUCAAGGGCGUUCUGCUGGGCGCGACACAGACAGGUGCCGACGCGGCGUGGAACUCUUCAACGUGACACCGACGCCAUCGACGCGACGCCGCCCUCCCGGUGGCCGUGUCUAGUCGAUGGCGUCGGUGUCGUUACGCCACCGUGACGCCGUCCACGCACAGGUCCCGCGGCGACGGGCCGGGACGCAGAGCGGCUGCGCCACCUGAGAGAACGGUUUGGCGGCAAGACGCUGAAGUUUGUGCGCGCGCCGUCCAACGGGGAGUCGACGACGGCCGAUAAGAUAAGGGGCCGGUUCUGGGCGCCCGACUUCAUGGGCCGCGAGACGUAUUUUGACCUCGACCACAUCGCGCUCGGGUGCGUGCGGCGCGAGGGCGUGCUCUACCGCAUCGUCGGCGUCCGCGGGCUGCUGCCCGGGGACAUGAAUACCUUCGCUUCGGGCUACGAGUUCGUCAAGGCCCUCGGGCUGGAGACGUGGGUCGAGGAGUACCGGAAGAACGCCUACUGCGAGGCGGGCGUCGGCGGCCUCGACAAGUCCAAGGCCGUGUACGGUUACCGGCCGAGAGUGUUCGAUCAAGGAGCCAUGCGGCGCGGCGGGUAAGAAUCUCUUUGUUGU